CGCCUUAUGUUUUCUGCCGCUCGCUAUCGAAGACAGUUUAUUGAAGCACAUCCCUAGAAAAAGGCCCACAGCUAAGGAGUUUGCAAUUAUAUUUAGAUCCUGAGAACGUUCUAAAUGGCGUCAAUUUGCAGAGGGGCUCACCAAAAGUUUUCUUUACCAAAUCUGCUGUUUUUUGGGCGACAGAUUGUCAGAAGCUAUGCUAACUGUGUAGCACAAAAAGGACCUUAUGAGGUAGAGCUUAAAGCAGACAAGAGGUACUCAUGGUGCCGAUGUGGGCUCAGUAAAAAGCAGCCUUUCUGUGAUGGAAGCCACAAGGGCUCAGGUAUAGCACCUGAACGUUUUCGCCCAACCCAGGACAACCCUCUGGCUUUUCUUUGUGGAUGUAAGCAGACCGGGACCCCACCUUACUGUGAUGGAACACAUGCUUCACCUAUGGUAGAAAUGGCAGAGAUUGGACAACCGAUGGAAUAAGCUGAUGAUCAACUAGACUGAGUUAAAACAAAAACGAUGAACUUGACUGUUAGUAAAAUGAUUGAUCUAGUCAGCAUUGAGAGCAAAUCAAACAUUGAGUACAGUUUCCCAAUUAAUAAACAUUAUAUGAUUAUUCUUGACAGUUGUUCAAAAUGUUCUUCUUGAUAGAGUGCAUUGAUUAGGAUGAAGGGAAUAACAACUCUGUUUUGUAGUAGCCUAAUUGUAGCGGACAGAUUUCCGAUCUUCACAUUUCGCUGCACAGUAUGAACUGAUCUGUCCUAGAGAGGGAACGGUCUACAUAUGUUAAUAGUCGUGAUUGGGAAAAUCAUCUCGACUUUCAAUAAACGUAAUCCAUUGUU